AAAGUUCGAUCCACAGGAUUCAUGAUCCACAACCGGGAAUUUUUCAGGGGUGGUGGCUGUUGGUGGACAAAACUUGCGACCGACUUCCAUAAUUGUAUGGUUAACCGUGAGAAUUUUGAGAAAUUGUUCCAGUUUGUGUUCGGCAGUUUUUUUUUUACUUGGAUCUUAAAUAUAUUAAUAUUUUAGACCAACAUAUAGUAACCGAAGCAAAGGUUGAAAUUUAAGCUAGCUGUCUGUUUUCUAAGUUUUUGCUAGCCAAGGACUGAGCUACGCCUAGCUAGUUGGCUAACAAAUUAGCUGUUUAGCUUGAUAGUUUGUAACAGCACGGUCAAGUCAAACGUUUAAGAUAUUGCGGAUCAAUGCAGGCCAUAAAGUGUGUAGUUGUUGGAGACGGGGCUGUGGGAAAAACAUGUCUCCUGAUCAGCUAUACUACAAAUGCCUUCCCUGGGGAGUAUAUCCCCACAGUGUUCGAUAACUACUCUGCAAAUGUGAUGGUGGAUGGGAAGCCGGUCAACCUUGGCUUGUGGGAUACUGCAGGACAGGAAGAUUAUGACCGACUACGCCCUCUUUCCUAUCCCCAGACAGAUGUGUUCCUGAUCUGUUUCUCCCUUGUGAGCCCUGCAUCUUUUGAAAAUGUUCGAGCAAAGUGGUACCCAGAGGUCAGACACCACUGUCCCAACACUCCCAUCAUCCUCGUGGGCACCAAACUUGACCUUAGAGAUGACAAGGACACAAUCGAGAAGUUGAAAGAAAAGAAACUCACUCCCAUCACAUACCCACAGGGCCUGGCCAUGGCAAAAGAGAUCGGAGCUGUGAAGUACCUUGAGUGCUCCGCCCUGACGCAGCGUGGCCUGAAGACUGUGUUCGAUGAAGCCAUCAGGGCUGUCCUGUGCCCUCCCCCAGUCAAGAGGAGGAAGAGGAAGUGCUCUUUGCUCUAGAGCUGCUCAUCACUAAGAGGAGGGAGAAAGGAGCACAAUGGCAUAUGGGAAGUCUGUGUUCAGAGUUUUAUCCCUGCUUAUUGUAACUACCACUACAAAUGUGUAUCAUGAGGAAGCAGAUUUUUUUGGUUAGUUGUGUGAAUGCAAACUACAAAUCAACUCCAAGUCCCACUUUUUGCAAGACACGACAAGCAUUUGAAAUUCCUGCAGCCUUCUUGAGCUUCAAUUUGAAAUAUUCUCAAAAGGGUUUUUUCUGUUGUGUAAUUAUGUGCUUUUUUUUAUUAUUAUUUUUUUUAUUUAGAAGUUUGUUUACAGUAUUUUUGUACAAUAUGAAGAGUUUGCCAUCAGGGCAGUGUCAUGCCCAGCUCAUAUUACAAACACCACUUUCUCCUUGCUUGUGAAGUUACCAGAGAAGGGAGGGUAUUUAAUGAAUCACUGGAAAACAGGUAGAAAGAACGUGUUUGCAAAACACUGUUGUCCUGAUAAAUGUGUCUUUUGUUGAUGACUGGGAUACCAUCUACAGACAAGAAAUAGGUGAAUUAUAAGAGGUCUGAUUGGAGGUCCAAUAGAGGAUCUUGCAGUAUUGCUUAUGACUCUGAUCACCGCAAAUGUUAGUUUUUUUACAUUAUACCUACAGAAAGGGGAAAUAGCCAAACCCUGAUUAAUACGCCUCAGAGGUCAGACCAUUUGUGAACAUGCCACACAGCCACUUAUUUCCAUAUGCACAAGGAGAACACUGAUGCCAAAGUAGCCAACUUCAUUCUACUGCUGGUGUACAAGCAAGUGUAAAAAACAAUGAUAAAGGAAAAUACAUUAUUAAAAAGUAGGUAGACAUUUCACUCCGUACUUGAUCUUGACUUGUACCACAAAUAACCUUUUAUUAUCAUUGUAGUACUAAACUGUUAAAUGUUUUUUUUCAUGCAACAGGUUUUGGCAUUAGACAUAAUGAAAUGUGCAAUACAUAGGCUGCUGAUACCUAAACAUAUUAUACAUUCUUUGAACCAGUGACUAAGGAAAAGAAUCGAAAAUAUGUUAGGGAAAAAGAUUCAAGCCAGCAGUGUAACCCAGUUAUUAUGGGUAAUUGUAAGAAAUCAACUUUUUUAAGUGAAAAUCAAAUAAAAUGUAACACUA